AUGCCGCUUCGUAAUUACGGUGUCUGGAAAGCAAACCCUGUAUCCUACGUUGUUGAACAUGAAGCGGAUGACGACAAAAGCCCGCAUUUAUCACUAUACUUCAGUGAUAAAGGAGGAUUGAGUCACCAUUCUGGCCACAAGUUUCGUCGGGCCGGCCGAGGUAACAAAGAAAUUGCUGGGCUCUUCAGAGCAGCAAUCAACAUCAAGUCUGGUGACAAGGAUGAAUCGCGACUUACCUACUGGGUGGAUCACGACUUCAAUAAUCACCCUAUCGUCAACAGUCUCACCGACCUAUCCUCGGGGUUUUAUCCCCUCGAAGAAACGGAGUCAACCCCUGCUGGUGUGAGACUAGACUACAUCCGGAGCAACUUAUUCAAUGUCAACACCGGUCGAAUCCUACCCCAUGACGAACCAGGUUCGAACAAUGAUAUGAUUGAUGUUCUAGAACCUGAAGUCAAACAGGCCAUUGACCAUAAGGCCGAUAUUUACCUAUUUGGAGAACCGUUCAGCGAUCGAAAAGGUAUUCACAAUGUGCAUAUGAAUCAAGGCAAUGUUAAGCGAUUCGCACAUGACGACGGUGUGUUCCAAGAUGGUGGCCUUUUGAUCAACUACCCACGCUCUGGUCGAUGGGUUGGAGUCUUUCUCGGAUUCGCAUCACAAGCUGUGCACACCGAUGAUAAGACAGGGCAUGCCAUAUCAUCAGAGACCUGGGGUGACUAUAUGGGGACAAAGGAGAGAGACGCCGAGAUGACAGAGGAUUCUGUGACAAUUGACGAGGCGUUGAUCAAUCCUGAGUUAGAUGGUCCCCGAGCCAGACGCAGGUCGGUUACUCUCACAAAUCCAAAAGACCACACAAUGCCCCUGUCUUCCUGGAAAAUUAAAAAUUCAGCUGGUGAAUUCCAAGCACUGCCGCGUGAUGCAGCUUUGGGUGCUAAGUCAACGCAAGCGUUCGACAUUCCGGAUGUUCAUCUCUCGAACCUUGGUGAUACCAUCACACUGUUGAAUGAACAAGGACUGAAAGUUGACGGG